GGUCCACUUCCUGUUCGCGUCCCAGCCGCGCUGCCUGCCGCAUCAUGGCGGUGCUGAGCAACAGAGCGCUGCACGAGCAGCUGAGCGUCAUCAUGGAGGCGCUAACCAAAGCGGCGGUGGCGGAGAUCUGCGAGGUCGUGGACGAGGGCUACGCGGUGCUGCAGCUCGAGAUCAACCGCAGCCGCCACGAGAACGAGGCGCUGAGGAAGAAGCUCCACCUCAUCGAGUCCAUCGUGAUCCGCGGAAGCAGCAGCGGCGGCGCGAAGACAGCGGAGCCGGAGGUAGUCGCGCCCGCGGAGGACGCGCCGCAGCAGCGGCAGUGGCAGCGAGACGGAGGAGGCGCGGCAGUGCCGCACGCGGAGUUUCCAGACGUGGUGUUGAUCAAAGACGAAGACUCGGACAGCAAGGACUCCUUUGGUGAAGAAAACGAGGAGACGACUAUCGUCACAUCGACUCAAAUCGGCCGCAGCGUGAAGAGACGUCAUUCAAGAAACAACGAGACGGAGACGCCGUCUUCUACAGAACACGUGGCUCUGAACACGUCAAGGAGGACGAGCGUGGCCGUCUACGCCGUGGACUCUCCUCGCAGCGAGCCCGGCUGUUCCAGUGCCGACGAGGCGGAGACCGGCAAGUCAGUCUGUUCCUACUCGUCGCAGAUGGACGUCCACGUGGUCCAGGAGAACUCGCUGGUUCCUCUGAGCUCCAGCAAUCCUGUGUGUUUCAGCAGCUCUGCGAUGGAGCCUCAGUCAGACAGUGGGGAUGCGGACUUCAAUCUCACGUGGACCAAAACGCCAAAAAGCCACGUGUCCAUCGCUCAGUUUCACCAGAGCGAGAACGCCGACGCGUUCGGGCUGAAGCUGGUCAGCGUCUCGGGCUCGGCGCCCGCAGACGGCCAGCUGUCCGAGAACAGCAACUCUGUGUUUGAGUACACAGACGUGGACAUGAUGAGCUUCGGUCUGUACCCGAGCGGCAGCAAACGCUUCGUGUGCUCCGUCUGCCACAAGACGUACGCCACCACGCAGAACCUGGACGUCCACAUGAGGAUCCACACGGGCGAGAGGCCGUUCAGCUGUGACCAGUGCGGCAAGAAGUUCACGCAGUCGGCUCACCUCAAGUCGCACAUCAACGUGCACACGGGCGAGCGGCCGCACUUCUGCGCCGUGUGCCACCGCACGUUCGCCGUCAGGCACAGUCUGAAAAUACACAUGAGCAAGUGUCACCCUGAGGUGUCGCUGUCCCAGAACACCCACGUUUAAAACCACGAGAGGAAAUCACACAGUUAUUUUCAUUUUGAGUCACAAAGAGUUGAUCAAAGGUGUGAAUGAUGGAGUUUGAAUGAUUGUAUUUGUUUUAUGGAGCAAAGGAAGCAGAAAAUAUUCCCCUAAACUCUGGUGUAUCUGUGUCACUGAAACAAGCCACAAACCUUUUUCCAUUUUUCUUAAACUUAUUUCACACGGGCUCUAAAAUCUGUGUUGUUUUGUUAUUUAAUCUCAGUUUAAACGUCUUUGGAAUUCCCGUGAUUUUCAUUAGUUUGCACAAAACUUCAACGAUUUGAAUAAAUAAGUCAUUAUUUAAUUAUUGUAAUCAUUUUAAAAGGACAAUGAACUCAAUGUCUUUGCUUUUGUUUUUCUUUGGUAGAAAACAUGGAAAAUAAAAAGCCGACGCUGGAGUUAAAUCUACAUUUUUCACGUGUUCAGAUGAAAAGUUGAAAAAAGUUUGAUUGUUUCAUUUAAUUUGUGUUCUUUUUUUAAUGGAAAACGUAUGAAGUUUUAUUUGUUCAUUGUUUUGCUGCAGCAAUAAUCAAUUACUCUUUUCGUAUUUUCCAGAGACAUUAAAGGGCUGUUGUUCACACGAUGAGAUAAUAAACUGUUUAUGAAAAUAAAUGAGCGCUUUUCUCCA